AUGGAAUCACAAGCGAAGGCGCCACCACUGCCCCUGGAUGUCUAUGCUUCCAGCGCAGCUUCUGUUGCUAGUGUCCCUGCACAGGCUGUCUUCGUUCCGACCCAGCUCCCACCAAGACCCACCUCAAGCCCCUCUACUCUCCUGCCUCUGACUUCCAUCUACACCUCAAAUAUGGCUGUCGAAUCACAGACCUUCGAAGGGCAAGCGAUUUCAAACGCGGAACCCAACGGCACUACAGCUGUGCGGAUCCCUACAGAAAGCGGAGACGUUGGGAAUGAACUCACUCCUAUCCCUGUAGAAGAUGGUGCUGUGGCACAGCUAUUAGCCUCUGUAGAGCCAGUUGCCGAACUGAUGGAAUCUCAGUUUCAGCGAGAGCAAAAUACUGCGAAACCAGAGAGGGAGAAUGAAAUUGAAUAUAAAGAGAAAAAAAAGGAAGUGGAUACAGAACAGAAGGACCUAAGGUUGGACGAAAGCGUGACGGCUUCCAAAGAGCUCGAGACCGCUAGUAUUGCCCCUCAGCCUCCUCCUCCUUCUUCGUCCCCUGUUACAGCAACUGUUGCAGCCGAUAUCGAUGUUGCGGUAGCAGUGGUGGAAGAAAAAUCAAAAAAGGCAGAGGAUGAUGAGGUUGGUGAUACCGUUACUCAGCGUUCUUUUUCACCACCGAAGUCCAAGUCAGGACCCGUUGUUCGAGUUGUUCGCAAACGGAGGCGUGUCCUGUCGACGCUGCAAAUGAUGCGAAGCUACGCUGAUACGCUGCAGCCGGUGGACUGUGUGAUCCUCGUGGAGCGUUGUGCACCUUUCUCGAGAAACACAAGUUUCAUGGAGUACUUCAAAACAGAAUUCCUAUCAAAAAUUCUCAGGUGGGCCACGUCUAACGUGCAUUGA